CCGCACAACAUGAACAUGGAGCCAACUGACAACAUAAGCCCCGAGGAGCAGGAGAUGAUUCAGCUGGCAGAGGAUGCAGAGAGGAGUGCUGCAUUCAAGUGAUGGGGAUUCUGGGCAUUAUGGGUUAAAAAAGGACGUACAUCAUCAGUUUGAAGGAGAUUAAGAAGCGUACUGAUGGGCCAGAGAAAAUGUCAGCCACAGCCCUCUGCAACUACCUGAGGAGGACCUGAGCGCUAGGACCAUGCCUCAGGACUACCUGGCAUGAUGACUCCUUGUCCCCAGUCCACCUGGCUGCUCCAGUUUCAACUGUUCUGCCUGCGGCUAUGGAACCCUGACCUGUUCACUGACCUGUUCACUAAUCUCGACCCGGCACAGCCAGAUGAGGACUGGCCACCUCUCAUAGCCUGGUUCCUCUCUAGGUUUCUUCCUAGGUUUUGGCCUUUUCUAGGGAGUUUUUCCCAGCCACAGUGCUUCUACACCUGCAGUGCUUGCUGUUUUAGGCUGGAUUUCUGUACAGCACUUUGAUAUGUAAGAAGGGCUAUAUAAAUACAUUUGAUAACGAUGGUCAAACAGUUUUAUUUUUGUUUCAUCAGACCAGAGGAUAUUUCUCAAAAGUACAAUCUUUGUCCCCAUGUGCAGUUGCAAACCGCAGUCUGGCUUUAUGGUGGCUUCUUCCUUGCUGAGCGACCUUUCAGGUUAUGUGGAUAUGGAUACUUUUGUACCCGCUUCCUCCAGCAUCUUCACAAGGUCCUUUUUGUUGUUCUGGGAUUGAUUUGCACUUUUCACACAAGUACAUUUAUCUCUAGGAGACAGAACGCGUCUCCUUCCAGAGCGGUAGGACCGCUGUGUGGUCCCAUGGUGUUUAUACUUGGGUACUAUUGUUUCUACAGAUGAACGUGGUACCUUCAGGCAUUUGGAAAUUGUUCCAAGGUUGAACCAGACUUGGUCUACCAUUUUGUUUGUGAGGUCUUGGCUGAUUUCUUUAGAUUUUCCCAUGUCAAGCAAAGAGACACUAAGUUUAAAGGUAGGCCUUGAAAUACAGCCACAGGUAUACCUCCAAUUGACUCAAAUGAUGUAAAUUAGCCUAUCAGAAGCUUCUAAAGCCAUGACAUUUUCUGGAAUUUUUCAAGCUGUUUAAGUCAGUCAACUUAGGGUAUGUAAACUUCUGACCCACUGGAAUUGUGAUACAGUGAAUCUGUCUUAACAAUUUUUGGAAAAAUUACUUGUCAUGCACAAAGUAAAUGUCCUAAACAUCUUGCCAAAACUAUAGUUUGUUAACAAGAAAUUUGUGGUGGUUGAAAAACAAGUUUUAAUGCCUCCAACCGUAUGUACGUACACACACAACAAACAUUUGGACACACCUACAGGGGUUUUUCUUUUGACUUUCCUACCUUGUAGAAUAGCAGCGACGACAAACUAUGAAAUAACAUAUGGAAUCAUGUGGUAACCAAAAAAAAAAGUGUUAAAUCAAUAUUUUCUAUUGAAAUUCUUAGUAGCCACCCUUUGCCUUGACAGCUUUGCACACUCUUGGCAAUCCCUCAAAGCUUCUUCAGGUAGUCACCUGGAAUACAUUUCAAUGAACAGUUAAAAUAAAGAAACAGGUGUGCCUUAAGUUAAUUUGUGGAAUUUAUUUCCUUAAUGCGCUUGAGCCAAUCAGUUGUUGUGACAAGGUAGGGGGAGUAUACAGAAGACAGCCCUAUUUGGUAAAAGACCAUGUCCAUAUUAUGGCUAGAACAGCUCAAAUAAGCAAAGAAACAGCCCAUCAUUACUUUAAGACAUGAAUGUCAGUCAAUAUGGAAAACUUCAAGAACUUUGAAAGUUAAGUGCAGUCGCAAAACCAUCAAGCGCUAUGUAGAAACUGGCUCAUGAGGACCGCCACAAGGAAGGAAGACCCAGAGCCUUUGGUUUAUGUCCCAGGUGUUUUUUUAAAUAAACAAAAUAAAGAAAUUAUGUGAAGUUUUUUUAAAUCACAUGGACCUCAACCUUUGCAUCCCCUUUUACUGGUGUUUCGUCCAUAUCCAUCUGCUUGAUGAAUUCUGCCAUACAAAGCCUGCAAAACAAAAGAACAUUACAAUGUGAUUUUCCGCUGCAGGAACCAGAUACCUGCAUUACCCCCUGGACCAAAACGAACCCUGACAACCUGCACAUUCCUAUUCCCUGUGAAGGGAGGCCUUCAAGAGCCUCCCUUCAUCCAACAUCAGAGGUAAAGUUGGUGUAUCCUCUUGUUUCCUCUGUCAUGCAUCCAACCGCCCUCCUGUUGCUGCUGACUGCCUACGUGGCUCAUGGUUCACUGCUGCAAUUUGCCAGAAUGAUCAAGUGCGCCCAGCCUGAAGUCAACCCCUUCAUGUAUAAUAACUACGGCUGUUGGUGUGGCUUGGGGGGGACUGGAAAUCCAAGGGAUGCGCUGGAUGGGUGUUGUGAGGUCCACGACCACUGCUAUCAAGCGAGCAGGCAUCUUCCAGAUUGCCGUCCCGUCAUUGAUUAUCCUUACAUCAAUCUGUAUAGAUUCUCUUGCACUAAUGGGCAGGUCUCCUGUUCAGCCUCCAGCCACGUGUGCCAGGUCUCAGUGUGUGAGUGUGAUCGUGUCGCCACCAACUGCUUCGCCCAGUCGACCUACAACCCUAAGAACAAGAACCUGGACCCCAAAGUCCACUGUCUCUCCUGAGCCAAGUCAAAUCUGGAAGCAGCACCAACAUCUGAAACUAAAUAUGUAAACACAACUGUAGAUUCACAGAAUGUUUAUGAAUCCUGUUUCAUGCAUAAUGUGUGCCAUGUUUGCUGGAACAAUUUAUUUUGCUAACAAAACUGACAACCUGAUUAAAUUAUUGAAUGGCACUCUUGA